AUGGCCCCGCCUCCGCCCCUUAUUGCCUGUCACUUUGACUUAGCCCCGCCUCCGCCCCUUAUUGCCUGUCACUUUGUCUUAGCCCCGCCUCCGCCCCUUAUUGCUGUCACUCUCAUCACAACUCCGCCCAACGCAGUAGAAAGAGAACAAAUAGCCACGCCCCUCCACUCUCAAUCUCACGGUUCCCCGCCUCUUAUCUUGGCAGCCCCUCCCCUAAGUCCGCCGGUCCCUAUAGCAACCAGCCAAGCGCCGCGGUGUCUCAGGGGAGAGUCCGCAGAGGAGGAAACUCGGAAAGGAAAGGGCAAAUCUGCCAAGAAUGUUAUUGAGGCCCCCAAGGCCCAGGGCUAUUACCACUUUGAGUACUUCCUGCUCCCCGGGGACACAGAGCCAAUGAGGGCCGAUGUGGUGUCGUUUGGUGCAGUCGCAAAGUUGUACUUGGAACAUGAGUCCAGGAUUCUGAAGCCGUGGCACGACAGUGACAGAACGUGGCUGAUUUGGACCCACAGCGUGGAACUGAGCGUCACCAAGAACCUGCUCCUCGCGCUUCUGACCCAUGAAGUUCAGGUUCAAGUCUGGAGCAGCAAAGAGAAAGUGGCGCCCAAAGCUCGAUUUGAUAGGCCGAAGGCUUUCAGGGUCCCCCAAGGACGGCAGGGAGAGGACCCCAAAGUGAAGGAUUUAAUUCUGAGGCAGAUAAAGAUCUAUGAGGAGGGGCGGCCGAGAGCGAGCUUUGUGGCCAAUGGAAGAGAGGGAACGAGCAGCUCACAGGGAGGGGGCGCCAGAGAAUCGCUGUGUGAUGUAGAGAUGGAACGAUCUCCUGAUCCCCCCGCGAUGCCCCAUUCUGCAUCUGCCCCAGAGAAGGGCAACAUUAACCCCUCGCUAGAAAGUCUCCCUGUGAGUCUGAGAGGGACCCGCAAGGUUGGAACAAGUCACUCAGACGCUCAGGAGCUCGAUGCCGCCCUCCAGAGACUGAAACUGAGCGCAACGACUGAUACAGUGACACAGAGGGGGAAGAGGAAAGCGCAAGAGGAACGGAGUGAGAAGACGCCAAGUGCCAGUUUGCUGCGGGGGGAGGGGAAAUGCCUGGGACUGACACUCAGCUUUCUGCCCCUCGUUGCCGGAGACCUGAGGGCGGCCAAUCGAUUCCAGGAGACAUCGGAGCGGAUAUUAGACUGUUACGUCUCGUUGGCUUUAGACGCCCCCCUGCUCUCCGACCAACAGAAAAGGGACUUCAACCCAUUGGUCAUUCGUAUCCAUUCUGCCACCUCCCUCCCGGUAACGCCAACACCAAUCAGUGCCCUGAAGGAUCAGUGUCUCCCCGUGUUCUGCCGGUACCGGUUCUGCAAUCAGCCCCCCCACCGGACCCAGGGCCGGGAACACGGGACACACGUGUACUUUGAGGACGUGAAUGUGAUUUUGGCGGGAAGCCUGAGUCCGGCAGAGCUGCGCGAGUUCCUCCAGGGCCCCCCGUUAGAAAUCGAGGUGCACGACCGGGACAAGAGGGCAGUCGGGGGGUCCGGUAGCCCCUCGCUUUUCGGCGCCGAGCCAGAGGAUGAGAAACUGAGUAAUGUGGGACUCGUCACCUCCAAACCGACCAAUCACAAUCCGUAUAGAGAGGGGGAGGAGCUUCGGCACCCGUACGGCGUGGCCAGGGUGGAUAUGAGCGAAUUGCUGCACGGGGCCAAGUACCUGAACCUCUGCGCCCCGAUCCAUAACUGCGCCGCCCCCGACCCCAUUGGCCAAAGUGGGAAAAGUCCUGGAAUUCUGGGGGCAGUCGAUGGCCCCCCGGCGGGACGUUACCUGGACGCCCAGUCGCUGCUGAAGGUGCGGGUCGACAUCGCGGUGCCACUUGCCCUCCAACCCGGAGGCUCCGACUGCCCCUUUGGGCUCAUCGUCUACAUCUUCCAUUAUAAGGAUGGGCGGUUCCUAGAGAAGCUCCUCCUCCAGAUCGGCCAAAUCAAUGCCAAGGCCCUGAACUUGGGGGGCUCCCCGGAUGGUCCCACCCAGGAGGCUCUUUCCCUAUUGGCUCUGAGGGACGAUCAGAGAGACGACCCCUCCCUGGAUGUAAUAACGGGGUUCCACCUUAUGGACGGGGAGAUGCACCUCUUUGUGCUGGAGGGUCUGAGGGAGAAAGGGGUCAGGGAGCUCUGGGAAACCCUCCCAACCAGGGCAGCGGAGCUGGAAAUUCUGUACAACUCCCAGCUGGCUUUCCGGCAGCGCCGGUACCGAGACCUGGGGGUCCUGCUGUGCCACAUUCAGCUCCAUGCACCCCUCUCCGCCAUCGUGCGGCAGCCCCUCCUCUAUGUCAGGGACAUGGUACCGACCCCCUGCUUCCACGCACUCUCCAGGCUGGACUUCCUGCGUGGGGCGAAGACGCUGCGCCGGGCCCUACAGCGGGACUUGCUGCCCUCGGCGGAUAUGAUCGAGCUCCUGAGCCGGGAAUUUGGGGUGCCUGUAACCCCGACUCACUCAUUCCCUAAGGAAGAAACAUCUGUUACUCAAAACCCGGUUAUUCCCGACGGCGCUGCCCAAAGGGGGGGUAGGAAGCUGGCACUCGGCCCCCUGGACAACUGCAACACCCAAUAUACUGAGUUGAAGCGGGACAGGGAGAGGCAGGGAAGGGACUUCAUCCAGAGUAACAUAGAGAAGGUGAACCGUCUGAGCCGACUCAUGAGGAGACACAGUGGCGACUGGAUCAGAAUCUCUCCCUGUGCCGGCACCGCAGUGCAUAACUACAGCUCCCAGACCCUCAGCUCCAGCCGAUUGGCUCACAGGGCAUUACUGCAGGCGCUGGCAAAGGAGCCGAGACAGAGAUUCACUUACUCACAAGAGUUUCACUCGGCGACGGUGAGUUUGUCCGACCCCGACGCCGACAGGAAAGUCCUCGCUGCGCAGUCAAAGGGCAAAUGGAUGAGUCCUGGGGGGUUUGUGUACCCCGGGUUCAAGAGCAGCAUCGAGAGCAAUGAACACCCCAAAAAGCCAGAUGAAGCGCGAAUAGCGGAACUCAGUAAAGCAUGGAGGGAAGGCACCCUGCACAGAAAUACCCAGCAGCCCACCCUUCCCAGAGAGCGUUGGUGCUGGGAGCAGCGACACCAGGACUUCCAGUUGCCCCCCAAAGUGUCAGACACAGACGGGCAGUUGCCCCCCCCCAGCGCCCCCCCGACAGGUGAGACCCCGCAGGAGGAAGAGAGGAGAGGCCGGCGGGCCGAGUACCAGCAGGAGGGCCCCAGAGCUAAUACUCAGAGCAUGAGGUUCCACCGGUGCCUGGCGGCUACAGAACUGGCAGCAGGGGGGCCCCAGGCCAGUAGCGCUCAGGGCCGGCUGGAGGGGCUCCUGAAGGAUAAACCUGCCAAACUGUCUCUGCGCCGGGCCGGCCUGGCACUGAAGCCGGUGCCGGCGCUGUCUGUGCUGCAGAACUCUGGGCCCAACCCCAAUUACAUUGGCCAGGAGGGGGGGCAGCUCCGUGCCAGUCACUUUGUGCCAGGAGAGUUGGGGCGCCACCGCCUGACGUGGGAAGGAAACGCAAUCCCCUGUCCCAACACAGAGCGUGGAAAGUUCCAGCAACUGAAAGGCCAAGACUUCAACCUAAACUGCUCCCAGCACUCGUUUCUGUACAAAGGAGAAAUAAAGGAUCUGAGCCCAGAAGAGAGAGGGGUUCUGCUGGCGCUGGCCCAGACCCGGGCACAGGGGGGCACAGAGCCGGGCACAAAGAGAAGGGUUCAGGCCUCCGGCAACAUUAUCCAGACCCAGAGCCACAAUGGAUUCCUGCUGCAGGUUCAGUAAACUCCGCCCCUUUCACAUAUGAGAAUAAUGAUUCGCCGGUGGAUAACAGAGUCGCUGCCCUUUAUUGUAGCAGAAAUAAAACAGCAGGUAAACUUCCC